AUCCACCUAGCUAACUAGCAAUGACAAUGGCUUCCAAGAAGGGCAGCAGCGUUGUUCUGCCGUGUGUAUUCUUAGGCAUAGCGCUGCUCCUCGUGGUGGCGGAGGCACGCGGCUGCGCAUUCUGCAAGGACAUGCCGGGCAUCUCAUCCCGCGGCAGUGCUGUGCUUCGGGUGGACAAUGGGGUGACAGAAGGGCAAGAAGCAAGCGAAGGAGUUGCGCUACAGGCAGUGCCGGCUGAGGGGCCCAAGAAGACCACGCUCAUGGCUAGCUGCUAUCAGCAGUGCAUUGCUUAUAUCCACUACCUAUAUAUUUUCGAAUCUUGCAUGAGUCAGUGCUACCCAACCGCUGGAAUCGUCGGCGUCUUGGGGGAUGCCAAGAAGAUGGGGAAGACGAAGCAGCAGCAGCAGCAAGAGGAAGCAACAGGAGGAGGAUUUGGGGUCCUGGCAAUGCUAACUGAGCAUGCCGGGCGGAAAUAAGAAGGGAAGCGGAAGAGGACGCCGGGGCCGGGCACCAUCUCCAUGGCCAUCUGACAACCCAAGAUGGGCGACCCCCGCGAGUACAUGGUAUUGGUUCCUGGUGGAUUCCCAUGGACGAUCUCACUAAUUAGGUGAUCGAUCUUUCUCAGCUCCCUGUUGGAAGGUUAUUGUCACAUUUGCAUCAUUUCGUUAUUUUUUGGUUUCCCGUCGAUCCCUUUCCCUUUCCCUUUUUUUGGGAAAAAAGAAGCAGUAGUUGUUACCAUGUGUCGUUUGGUGGCGUUGCCAAACUUUUUGUGGUUUUCAAUGGUUUGACUCAGAAAUUAAGAUAAACUCGAAUUAGCCUUGUACCCCGAUCCAUCCAGAGGGAGUACUCCGUAUCAUUGGAGCCUGCUGCACGUAUAUCCAA